AUAAACAUGAGUAACUGGAAAGAUCAUAAUGACUUUAAACUAAGGGACAAUAUGCGAAACAAAAUAAUAUACAUAUGCCAAAAUAUAGUCAAACAUUUAUCUUCAAUAUUUCGAUGACACCGAGUAUACUUAAACAAUUGUGUACAUCAAUUUUCUAAUUAUCAUCAUCAAUAUACAUAUGCCAAAGUAUAGUCAAACAUUUAUCUUCAUCAAUAUACACAUGCUAGAGUAUAGUCAAACAUUUAUCUUCAUCAAUAUACAUAUGCCAAAGUAUAGUCAAACAUUUAUCUUCAUCAAUAUACAUAUGCUAAAGUAUAGUCAAACAUUUAUCUUCAUCAAUAUACACAUGCCAAAGUAUAGUCAAACAUUUAUCUUCAUCAAUAUACACAUGCUAGAGUAUAGUCAAACAUUUAUCUUCAUCAAUAUACAUAUGCCAAAGUAUAGUCAAACAUUUAUCUUCAUCAAUAUACAUAUGCUAGAGUAUAGUCAAACAUUUAUCUUCAUCAAUAUACAUAUGCCAAAGUAUAGUCAAACAUUUAUCUUCAUCAAUAUACAUAUGCCAAAGUAUAGUCAAACAUUUAUCUUUAUCAAUAUACAUAUGCCAAAGUAUAGUCAAACAUUUAUCUUUAUCAAUAUACAUAUGCCAAAGUAUAGUCAAACAUUUAUCUUCAUCAAUAUACAAAUGCCAAAGUAUAGUCAAACAUUUAUCUUUAUCAAUAUACACAUGCCAAAGUAUAGUCAAACAUUUAUCUUUAUCAAUAUACACAUGCUAGAGUAUCCUAAAGCAAAUAUCUUUAUCAAUACAUAUGCCAAAGUAUAUUGUAACAGUUCUGUUUUCUAUAUAUUGGGUGGGCAUAAAAAAUGGGCUGUAAUUUGACACUCAAUAUCUCCAAAAUCCCCUUAUAUUCUACUUCUCAAAAUCCAUCAUGUUCUUAAUGUACAGACUAAAUUUUCAGUUUCAUCCUUCAAAUGUUUUGCUCAUGGGCCAAAAUAAAAAAAAUGUGAGUCAAAAAUGCAUAUUCCGAAAAUUUCAAAAUUAUGCCCUUGUUCCCACUUGAAAAGGUGAUCAAUUGGUCCUUUAUCUUCUUGGUACAUAUGUUUUUGCCAUGAACUGGUUGAGUCCUGAGUCUUCUUAAGCGUAAAUUUUCCCAACAGACUCUUAACAAGAAUGUCCCGCUUCUGUCUGUCUAUU